GCCAACAGAGACCGUUUUUUUCUCUUUUCCUCUUUCGUUAACAUGUUGCAACCAACGCUGCACCGUCAACCUUGAGCUCUUGACGGGUGUUUGGCUACAAUAUUUUCACCCUGAUUCUACACUGCAUUUCCCAGUUUUUUCUUGAAGAAAUUAUGGAGGAGUGAUCGUUUUACCAGGCACAUUUAGCACGACGGCGGAUACAUUUUGGCGUCCCCCACCGGAUCAGCAGCAGCGAUAAGGAGAGGCUUGUUGCAAUCCGCCUCCGUGUUGACAUUGUGGGCCGACGCAUGGAACUGUACGCUCCGUUAGUCCUGACUGGCUGUGUUUGGAUAAUCUAAUUUUACACCACCGACUACAGUAUAUUGAGGGGAAUAUCUGAAUCAUUGCGUAAUCUUUAUAGCUCCUGUUUGAGCGUCAUCUGUUUCUGGUCUGGAUUACAUCGUGGUUAUAUUUGGAUUUAAUUAUUUUAAUAGCCACAAAUUGCAGGAUCCCCAUGCGUGUGUGACGUGAGCGGCGCGUUAUGCAGCCCGCAUCCAUGCGUAUUCCGGCGCUGCAAACCGUCCCCGAAGGCCAGACAUUCCCCGUACCCGUCCUGGCCGAUCUGCUGAACCUCCAGACACCGGAUUCGGCGAGCCCCUCCGCCGCCGUCACCCCGACAUCCACCACCCCCAUGCCCCCCACCGCGCCCACCCCCUCGGCCCGCAGUAGUGCGGCGGCCGCGUCGGGGGAUAAGGAGAAAGCGCCGACGCACCGCUCCACGGAUGUCAGUUCAUCGCGGAUACCCUCGCGGCGGACGGAGCUGGAGCAGCCCAUCGGGAAGUACCGGCUGGUCAAGACUAUUGAAGGGAACUUCGCCAAGGUGAAACUGGCCAAGCAUCUCCCCACCGGCCAGGAAGUGGCCAUUAAGAUCAUCGAUAAGACGCAGUUAAAUGCGGGAAGCCUCCAGAAGUUAUUCAGGGAAGUGCGGAUCAUGAAGAUGCUGGAUCAUCCCAACAUCGUGAAACUGUUCCAAGUGAUCGACACGGAGAAGACCCUGUAUUUAGUGAUGGAGUACGCCAGCGGCGGGGAAGUGUUCGACUACUUGGUGGCGCACGGCCGCAUGAAGGAGAAGGAGGCGCGCGCCAAAUUCCGCCAGAUCGUCAGCGCCGUGCAGUACUGCCAUCAGAAGCGGAUCAUCCACCGGGAUCUGAAGGCUGAAAAUUUAUUACUGGAUAAGGAGAUGAAUAUUAAGAUUGCCGAUUUCGGGUUCAGCAAUGAAUUCUGCCCGGGGAAUAAGCUGGACACCUUCUGCGGCAGUCCGCCCUACGCGGCACCCGAACUCUUUCAGGGUAAAAAAUACGACGGACCGGAAGUGGAUGUGUGGAGUCUGGGGGUGAUUCUGUACACAUUAGUCAGCGGCUCGCUGCCGUUCGACGGGCAGAAUCUGAAGGAACUGCGGGAGCGCGUGCUGCGUGGCAAAUACCGGAUUCCCUUCUACAUGAGCACGGACUGUGAGAAUCUUCUGCGGAAAUUCCUCGUCCUGAAUCCCGGCAAACGCUCCACCCUGGAGACCAUUAUGAAGGAUCGCUGGAUGAACAUCGGCUACGAGGAUGAUGAGCUGAAGCCCUACGUGGAACCGGAAACCGAUCUAUGUGACCCGGAGCGAAUCGCCAAACUGAACCAGAUGGGCUACAGUCGUCGGGAGAUCGAGGAUUCCCUACGGGAGAUGAAAUACGACGACGUGUUCGCCAUCUAUCUCCUCCUCUUCCGCAUGAAACGCCCCUCCGAGGAGCCGGAGCCGGGCGGCAAGACCUCAGCGUCCCUGCAGCGCAACGACACCACCCCGCAGUCCAUCAGCAGCGUCACGGGCGGCGGAUCCGCCUCCUCGGGCGGCUCCACCACCCGGUCCGGCGUCACGCGGGCCGCCUCCUCGGUCACCUCCGCCAUCCCCACCCCGCGACGGCCCAGUGGCGACACCAACCAGGCGCCGGCCACCAACGGCACGCGCCGCCUGACACAGACCAUCACCGGCGCCGGAGGGACGCCGGCCCCGCCCACCGGGACCUCCCGCAGCUCCAGCACCACCAGCGGCGUGGAGGACACGGCCAGUCCGCGGGCCAGCGUCAAGAACUUCAACGGGACGACGCCGGGGAAGGGCGUGCCGACGCCCAGCUCCCCCACGGAGAAGGUGCCCGGGCAUCUGCUGCCGGUGUACGGAGAGGGCACCAAGACCGGCGCGUCCACGGUAGCGAAGGCCGGGAGUGUCCGAAAGACCCCCAGCGGACCCAGCCUGCGGACAGGCACAGAAACCACCACCGGAUCGGUGGUGAAGGACCGCGGCUCCAUCCUCCCCAAGUACCAGCCGGAAUCCUCCGCCAAGCCCUUCGUCACGGCCACCAAGUCCAUUUCCAUGCACCCCAAGGACGUCCCCAUGGAUGUGUUCGCCGCGCGCUCCUCCACCGCCGGAGCGGUCGCCGCUAGCGCCGCGCCGGGGACGCCCAACCUCACCAUGACCUCCACGGCCAAGAACCCCACGCCGGCGUCCGCGCCGGCCCACAACUUCCAGCGCGGCGCCACCGGGCGGAAGACGGUGCACGGGGUGCCGCAGCGCCGUCCCGCCGGCUCCGAAUCGCCGACCAUGCACCACGGGGUGCCGCGGGAGGCCGUCCAACAAGAAGGCCGGGCGUCGUUCCUCAGUAAAUUAUCGUCCAAGUUCAGUAAGCAGCGCGGCAGUGUGCAUUCCAGUAAUCUGCCCAGUGUCCCGCAGAGCCCGACGCAGAUGAUGGGCGAUCUGAGUCUGCAUUCGGCGCGGGAGCGCGACGGCGGGAUGAGUGGUGGAGGAGGUGGACGGGAGGCGGGGAAAGAGCGGGAACGGAGUGAUAGUGCCGCCGGGGUGGGCGCGUUCCCCACCUUCCCGCUGUCCGAUCAGUCGCCCGAUCAGGUAUCCUCCAAGCCGCGCUCCCUGCGCUUCACCUGGAACAUGAAGACCACAUCAGCGAUGAAUCCGGAGGAUAUGAUGCGGGAGAUCAAGAAGGUGCUGGAUAUGAACAACUGCGAUUAUGAGCAGAAGGAGAAAUUCUUGUUAAUGUGCGUCCACGGCGAUCCCAACACGGAAUCCCUCGUCCAGUGGGAGAUGGAGGUAUGUAAACUCCCCCGGCUGCAGCUCAACGGGGUGCGCUUCAAGCGCAUCUCCGGCACGUAUCUCGGCUUCAAGAACAUCGCCUCCAAGAUCACCAAUGAACUCAAAUUAUAAAUGGAAGAAAAAAUACCCGGAAAAUCGCCGAUUUGUGCCUUGAUACUGGAAAAUUGCGGAAAAUUACCGGCGAUGUGUGUGUUAUUUUGGUGUUUUUUCUUCUGGAGGGUUCGUGCUGACCGGCUCCGGGUGGGGAAGGGGCGGUGUUUAUACAGGCGGGGCGGGACGGACGGUCUCCUGUGUGAUGAGGUUUUUUUCUUUUUUUUUGAUUUUGAGCUGAUGUUACAGGUUUUUGGUUUAAUAUUUUUUUUUCUUGUUCUUCUUGCGUGUCUUCAUUAUCUUACUGCUGGCGCUGCGAAUGGAUCAUGUGUUGACGGAUGCAGGAUGGUUUUAUAGUGUGUUUUUCUUGGCGGGACGAAAUAGGCGUUUCACUUUUGAUCAAUGGAUAUUUAUAUAUAUUAUAAGAAUUAUUUGUAAUAAUUUUUGACCUGGAUGCUAUUCGUGUCUCUCUUUCUCUGUGUCGCGCGCGCGCGCAGGUUUAUUGUGUCGCAAUGAAUAAUAACAUGUUAUUGUG